AUGUUCACCUAUUCGACUUUUUAUCUAGCUAUCAUUAGAGGGCUUGACGCAAAUGCACUGAGUUUGAAGCAAAGGGAACCCUACACAUCUAAAUUCAAAAUUGACUACAGUUCAGACAAACUUAAGUGCUCGGAACACCUUGAUGGGUACCGUUCUAGGGAACCAAAUUUCCACAGGAUCCACGCUGUUAGUGAUCAGCUGCUGCUUGCAACGAGGCCGAACCGCGCUCUGUCAGUUUCUCUCCCACUAGAAGCGCACGACGAAGGUUGCUCCUCCUCAAAACGGACCAACUGUCGUUCCGAUAUGGGUCGCAACUUCGCUCGACUCCUUGACGAGCUCGACGAACGUUGGAUUAAAGUUGGACGACAUCUUCGGCGGUACGAAACCAUGUUACAACCAAAAAAGCUUCUUAGUAAACUCCAGGAGGAGGUGGUUUCCCUGGCUAGUCUAACCUCUCAGAUAGACCAAGGUGAGUUCUGCAACUUUUAUAUUUAUGUGGCGAGUUCGAACUCCGCUGGUAUCAUCAAAAUUUUAACACUUUGGUAA